GGAGUGAAGCCGUGUGCAGGAGAAUGGGAGUGAGUGAGUGAAUGGCUUUCAUGUGCUCUGGAACUGGAAGCAGUGAGCAAUAAUCCCCUUGAGGAAAAAAAGGAUACAGACACCUCGGCUGCUUCCGCAGGGCAGGUGCAAGCCCAGCAAAUUACUGUAGCAAGCCUGUUUUCAAUGCACGUCAAUGGAGCAUCUCGAUAAAUGCUACAGACUGUAGCGGGACAUUCUGGUCAUUUGAUCUCGCAGGAGAAGAGAACCGUGUCUUUGUCAAAGGCAGAGGAGUGAGUGAUAGGUUGGAGGGCGCCUCUGGGAGCACAGAGAGGGGGAUCCUCUAUGGUCAAGAUGAGUCUGGACCCUGUACAGGUGAUGAGCGGCCAGGUUAAGGAGCUCAAAGUUGCCCCUUCGUCCAACGGCGACAGCAGAGAAUCAUGGGAAGGGAAAGAAGAGUUCGAUCAAGACCACCUGGGCCUCACCACCAAGCCAAAACCAGUGACAGAGAGACGAGCCCGGAAGGUGGAGGGAGGCGUGUUCUUCCCGAAGCCCGAGAACGCGGUGACCGUGGCUGUUUCUUCCCGGGUCUUGUUUCGGACUGAGCGCGAGCAGAAGGUGUUCGAGCAGAAAGGAGUGGAGGAGUACCUGAGAUACCAGAUCGAACACGAGAACGAGCCCUUCGCCCCGGGACCAGCUUUCCCCUUCGUCAAGGCUCUGGAGGCAGUGAACGCUCACCUGCGGGAGCUGUACCCACAGAGCGAGGAGCUGUUUGACAUUGUUUUGGUGACGUACAACCAUGCGCACGUAGGAAUCCGACUCAUCAACACCAUCAACCAUCACAAUUUGUUCAUUGAGAGGUUUUGUAUGACGGGGGGAAGCAGUCCUAUUGGCUACCUGAAGGCGUGGCACACCAACCUCUACCUGUCUGCUGACGCUGACAAGGUCAGGGAGGCGCUGGCUGAAGGCAUCGCUGCAGCCACCAUGUUCAUGCCAGAGAAGCAGACAGAGGUAUCACAGUCCCAGCUGAGGGUGGCCUUUGACGGGGAUGCCGUCCUCUUCUCUGACGAAUCUGAGCGCAUCUUCAAGGCCCAUGGGCUGGACAAGUUCUUCGAGCACGAGAGGGACCACGAGGACACGCUACUGGAUCAUGGUCCCCUGAAGGGCUUCCUGGAGGCACUGGGGAAGCUCCAGAAAAAGUUCUACGCCAAAGGCCAGCGCCUGGACUGUCCGAUCCGAACGUACUUGGUCACAGCCCGUAGCGCGGCCAGCUCCGGGAUCCGAGCGCUGAAGACACUCAGGGCCUGGGGACUGGAGAUCGACGAGGCCUUGUUCCUCGCGGGAGCGCCGAAGGGCCCCAUGCUGGAGAAGAUCCGGCCCCACAUCUACUUCGAUGAUCAGAUGUUUCACGUGGAGGGAGCGGCCGAGAUGGGCACCAUCGCUGCCCAUGUGCCCUACGGCAUUGCACAGAAAUACCCCAAAAAGAACACCAGUGCGGGGAAGUAG